AACCAAGGACUCAGAAGUGAAUAUAUCGGCGAGCACACAUCGCUCUGAAACAGUUUUUUAAAUUACCAUUCCAUUAUUUUAUGACUUGUACAUUUGUGUAAAUAGAUUGUUUCUAUUUUUAUAACAAGACAACAACAGGAUGGAACUUAAUUCUCUUUUAAUUCUGCUGGAGGCUGCAGAGUACUUGGAAAGAAGAGACAGAGAGGCAGAACACGGUUAUGCGUCUGUUUUACCGUACAGUAGCGACUUUUCCAGAAAGAAAACGAAAGCCUCGCCAAUUUCCAGAAAAACUCAGAACAAUAGAUCGUCGCACAAUGAGCUGGAGAAACACAGACGUGCCAAACUACGGCUGUACUUGGAGCAGUUGAAGAAACUGGUGCCUUUGGGUCCAGACAGCACAAGACACACCACACUGAGCUUGCUGAAAAGGGCCAAGAUGCACAUCAAGAAGCUGGAGGAGCAGGACAGGAAGGCUUUAAAUGUGAAGGAGCAGCUGCAGAGAGAGCACCGCUACCUCAAACGCCGUCUGGAGCAGCUCUCUGUGUCGGGAUCUGUGGAGCGCAUCCGCACUGACAGCAUGGGCUCCACCAUCUCCACCGACUCUGAGCAAGAGGUGGACAUCGAGGGCACAGAGUUCACCCCCGUUGAGGCGGACAGUGUGGACAGCAUCAGCGACGGCGAGGAGGAGGACCACUACAGCCUCCAGAGCAGCUCCAGCGACACCAGCUACACAGCCACACAUUCCCACAGACUGCAGCCGCACCACUGUUAGACACCGCGCGACCAUCCGUCUCCCCACCGGCUUCCUCACCCGUGCUUCUCCUCACCCCUCACCCCACCUUCCCUGCAAUUGCCAACGCCGCCCACUACCUACAUCAGACCAGUCCACAAUGGCGGUACACCCUGACACCCUGAACCUGUUCCUCCUUUCCUGGCCCCGGGUUCUCCAGGAAGCACAUGGGGCUGAAAUGCCACUCAAGCCUUCCUGUAUGCCCCCCCACCCGCUUUCCCUCGACCACUGACCCUACCUCACCCUACUGUGUCCUGCCUGACCCUGCCCCUCCUGACACGCCCUGCCCUCCCACUGCCCUCACAACCCCUACCACAGUGUUGCCGCAGGCUCGGAGAGCGCAAAGCAGAGUUUGUGGUUUUUAUUGGGGACUUCUGUGGUGUGGUGGACAGCUCUGACUUGUUAAUCAGGAUUUUGUGUGUGUGAGUGUACGUGUGUGUGUGCGUGCAGGAGAGGAAAACCAAGCAAGGGAGUUUAAGAGAGGUCAGAAAUGAAAUAUAAGCUUCGUGUCAUCUUCAUGUGGCAAUAAUUCACAGGCAAAGCUCUGCAUUCAGUCUGUGAUGUUAAAGGUAGAGCACUUCUGCCUGUUCUGCAAUAUAUGCAACACUGGGACCUCGAAAGUAAUUUUUUCAUCACACAGAAUCUUCCUUUUACACAAUAAGAUUUACAGGAGUAGCUGUUGCAGAUUUCCUCCUCGUUCCUUGAAAUGUUCGACUGCUGAGAAAUUGAAGUUUAAAGGAACAGUUUGACGUUUUGGGGAACUUGUUUCUUUUUUUUCUUUCUGAGAGUUAGAUGAGAAGAUUGAUGGCACUGUCAUUUUCAUCUGUUCAAUAUGGAGCUGGAGAAAACAGCCAGUUAGCUUAGCUUAGCAUGAAGACUGGAAAUGAGGGGAAACAGCUAGCUUGUUCAAAGCUAAAAAUCUGCUAGCCGCAGAGCAAAGCUCACUAAACAGCAUGUUACAUCUUGUUUGUUUAAUGUAUACAUGAACUCAAGUUUAAAACUGCUUAAGUUGCUGUUAGUCAGGCACAUGACCCCCCUGAAAAACAGAGAUAUGAAGUGAGAUUUGGCGGUGCAUGUAGGUGGAUUUCAGGCUAGCUAUUUCCCCCGGUUUCCAGUCUUUAUGCUAAGCUAAGCUAACUAGCUGCAGAUUCAUACUUAAUGCACAGACAAGAGCGUGGCAUCAAUCUUCUCAUCUACUUGUCAACAAGAAAGAAAAUAAGUGUAUUUCUCAAAAUGUGGAAUCAUUCCUUUAAUUUCUACAGCAUGCUGCCAGUGUAUUGCUGCGCUUGUGCAACUGCGUCACCAAAAAACAGGACCUAUUCAGUAGCUACUUUUGUACAGAAUGACAUCUUUAUCACCAAAUAAGGCCGAUUUGUGGCCAAAGACAAACUGAGAAAGUGACAGAGCUGCAGCAGAGAAGAAAGAAUGUAAAUAGAUGUACAGUUACUGUCCAAACCUUCAUGUCUCCCUCUGGUUGGGUCACCUAACCACUACUCCACACUACUGACCACUACACUAUACCACCCUAUGGUGUGGAUGGACUACUAUGUCACAACAAACAAACAAACAAAAAAAAAGGAGUCGCCUCAAAACUAAAACUCUAUUCCUGAAAGACUGAUGGAAAUCUUGUGUCUCAGUAGCUAAUUGAUGUAGCAAUUAAUACAAGAGGCGGGUGCUUCCUCGGAGUGUUAAAAUGACUCUGGUGGACCAUGAGGUGUUUCGGGAGACUUUUUUUCCUUUACCCUUUUACCCUGUAGAUGGUAAGCGGGCGAUUACAGAGAGUGGACCUGCAGAAGAAGGGGCAGUCCUCCUUUUUCUUUUUCACUAAUGGAUCCUUCUCUUUUCCCCAAAGCCAUCGAACCAGAAUUUGAAUUUCUCCACAGCUCUGUCACUUUUUCAAGCAGUGUUUAUGUGUGUCUGGAUUUUUGUUUUGUUAUGUUGUUGUUGAUCCAAUUAACAAGUCAAAGCUGUAAAUUUGGAAAAGAAAAAAAAAAGGGCCAGCUCUAAUGAUUUGUUCUCUGUAGAGGCUGAUUUUAGCUAACUUUAGAAAACUAACCACAUUCAGUUGAACUUUUAAUUUCUAUAACAAGACUUACUUUCCUCUCUCUGCUAAGUGUUACCUGUUUCUGGAGCUUCUGGGUACUGCUGAAGACCAAUGUAGAUGAAAUUCUUCUCUAACUUGUCUAUAACUUAUGCACAAUAGUCACUAUUGACGGAGGAGGCGCUUCUGUUGCUCUCUGACCAUUUUAAUAAUCAUUAGGCCUCAGUCUGUGGCAGUCUUUAGAGCUUGGCGUCCUGGCACUUCAAAAACAUAAAGGGCCGAUCCACCAUGGCAGGUCUGACCAAAAAAAAAAAAAAAAAAACUACAAAA